CGGGCGUUCGGAAGGUGGAUUUGUGGAACGGAGCGUGUGCUCUGUCUUCUGAGGGCCGGGCGGGAGGGCACUCGCAAGGGCGCACUCCGGAGCAGAGCUCUCCUUUAUGAACAUACAUACAUACGAGUACAUGCGUAGCAGCUCGAGGGCUUCGAUGACGUGAGUCGGAGAGGGAGAGAUAGUGGGAGUUGGAGCGCCGGACAAGAUUUGGCGGUUGUGGAAGAAGUCGAGGCGAUGGACUGGCCGCAGCUGCCGUCGUUUCACGAGAUUGUGAAGCGGUUCUCACUAUUCUCCACGUCUUUAUCUUGCAAUCCGGAGGAAUCAACGGGUGGAGCCUGGCGAAAAGUGACUGUUGCGAAUGAAAUUUCAAUUUCCAGUUUUUUUGGUCGGUGAAUUUUUGUACCUGGACCGGUCCAAAUUGUCCGGACUCUGUACUUUCCGGUUUGUUAUGCUGGAGAAAGAUGGCGGAGUAUGUAAUGGAAAAGGCGCGAAUUGUGAAAAGUAAGGGAUAUAAUAUAGGGGAAAGCUCACCAUCUAUUUUUAUCCUCCUGACCUUGGUGCUCAGGUCGGUUCUGGAGGAUCUCUGGAUUGUAGGUGUCAAGGCUGCAUGGAGUGGCAUGCAUUUGUGGAGGGCAAUUCUCCCUUGAGCAAGGAGGUUCAAUACGAAGUCUUCACAAAAGAGCACGUGCAAGGAUUGGCAAAUUACUUGCUGUGAGCCCUUAGACCUGCCUCGAGUGAGAUAUCGUUUCGCGGCCUACCCGAAGAGAAUAAUACUGCUGUAGCUCCUGCAAGCUGAUCUAAAUUUAUUCAUCUUAUCAUUUUUUUCAGUGAUGGUCGAGAUUAUAUAUUCUCCGCUGCCCAAGUUGCCUUGUUCUUAUUCUCUUGUCCCCAUAAAAUCAUUCCCGCUCACUAUGCAGUUGCAAUGUUGUCUUAUGUCACGACAAGAUGUGUGGAUCUGACUCCUCAAAGCUUCUUGAAUUCUCGUGAGGAUGAAUGUAGGUUGCAAGCUGCGGAAUAUAAUGUUUUAGUUCUGGAAGUACUUGAGGUUGGUGCUGGCAGUGGGCGAUUGAGCCUUCACCUCAAUCGAUAUCUAGAUCAACUUUCUCUCAGCUCGAAGGAUUGUGUUGUACACGUGACAGCAUCAGAUAGUGGCGAAAGGGGUCUAAAUGGUCCUAAUGUGAACCUUGAAGAUGCGCUCGUAUCGGUCACAGAGCGGAGUCCUCAUAUUGUUCUGGUUUCUUGGAUGCCCAUGGGUGUAGAUUGGACGGCUCACAUGCGUGCAACGCCAUCUGUUCUGGAGUACAUUCUGAUCGGAGAAAUGGAUGAUGGAAUUUGUGGAGACCCUUGGUUGACAUGGGGAUAUAGACCGCCUGGAGACAUCAGCAGCAGUGACAGCAGUCUGGAACCUGGUAGUCCUGGAACUAGUGAUCUAGAGUUCAGGAGUAAAGAGCACCCAUCAACGUGCUCUAAUUAUGGACCUGGAAUAGCAACCGUCGUAGUUGAAAGUGAAAUCACGUCUGUUGAAAUAGAGGGCAGUAAAUUACAUACGAGAUCAGAAUGUCCUUUGGACACAAAACACGAGGAAAUUCCAUUACAGGCACGAAGACCAUUUGAAAUGGACGGCUGGGUAAGAGUUGAGCUCAAGGACCUUUGUGAGCUUCAAAUUUGUCGUACGGAUGAAAGAUGGUCUACCAUUAGGCACUCCCACACAGUAUCUUUUAGACGAUCGUAUGAGUGUACGUGAAACACUUCGUUCUUCAUGAGACUCAAGCAUUCCUAGCUCCAUUGCGAAUAAGCCCACGCAACAUAUGGGAUCCCUACACGACGAAAACGUUUAUACAUCGUACCAAUUGGGGAAGAAUGGCCUGGCUGGUUGAUUGCAGAGUAGAUCAAGCUCAUGUGCGACGGCAAAUCACCACUCCGCGCUUCUGACCAAAUACUUCACUCCUUCACAAAUGAUUGGGAAGCGGACAAAGGUCCGUCACAGCUUGCGGACUAGCUGCUUUCUCCAACACAUGUACAGAUACAUACCUUAUAGACAAAUCUAAUCGGAUAGGAGGAGAAUAAAGGCACGUGUGUAUUAAGUAUGG